UUUCUGGGUUUUAUGGUUUUGUUCUUCUGUUGUUGAAGCAAGAAGGGGUAGGGGAAGUCAUGGCUGAGAAUAAUCCGAUAAUGGGAGAAAAAGAUUACAUUUUGUUGAAGGAUUUCAAAGUUGAAACUGAAGUUGAUGAAGAAAAUGGUUUUAUUUUAUGUUUCUGGGUUUACAUUUUCGACUACAAAGCAUUCCCUUCCACCAUUAUUAAACAGGUAUUUGCAGAGACUAACAGCAGCUCUCCUUUACUUGUUCUCAAUGAAAAGACAUUGAUGCUUUUACCUUUGACUUGCCUGCACAAUGACGCUCCUGGUCCUGGAAACACCGAUUUACCUUCAGAAGUUCCGAAAGUGACCGCAGAGAUUCAACACCCUCAACAUAAAUGGAUACAUGUUGGAUACGAGGUCACUUCUGAUUUUGUGCGGCUUUACGUUAAUGGGGAGCUUGCAGGAGAGCUACUUCUCUCUUCCUUGUUAAACCAAGAUUUCAUACCCAAUGGUUCGAGGAGAACAUUAAUUGGUGUUAGUGGUGACAGUAACUUGCGGGGUUUUAUCCAUGAUGCAAAUGUCUUUCCUUCAACGUUGGCCAUAAAGGACCAAUACGUUAAGGAUCCACCUCUAAGAUUGUCAAUCGACGAGUCUUCUAUCUCUGAUAUUGAAGAAGACAAUGGUUUUUGGAAUAUUGUUGGUGGGAAGGCAUCUUGUCGCAGGAUCUUUUCCUUGGAUGUUGCUCUAUUAAAUGCCUUUGGCCAGCCAGUUAACAACGAACUAGAGGUCGUCGCAUCACUCUUGUAUGCUCAUAAUCGGUUACCUGUUGAGAAGACGAAUGAUGAAGAGCCUCCUCUUCUAGUUAGCUGUGAUGGAAUUGAAUUUGCCUCUUCUGAUCGACCUAGUAAACUAUCAAAGGGGCGGGCAUCCUUUAAGCUGAAGAUCUCCAAGCUCUCGUCCAAGUGUGAUAAUAGGCAGUUCUGCAUCAAGUUCGGGAUAUCAAAGCUUGAGGGCUAUCGUUUCCUUGAGGACUUCUCCCCUUCAAUUCGUUGCAUCUCUCGGAAUCGUACCCCAAGGACAUCAACUAUUAUUUGGAAAAAAAUCUCUGCAGUCCAUCCGGUUAAUGGAUCUCAAACCGUAGGCCUAGAUUAUAUUUCUUGUGAACCUAAGCACAAUACUGUUCAUGAAGCAAAACUCAGUCCAACAUCGAAGAGGGUUAGAUUGGGAGAGGCAAAAAUUUCUAAAAUAGACCAACACAGAGAAGAAUACAACUCUAUUGCUUCAAAGCACAAUCGGGUCGAGAAUGGUUUUGGGUCAAGAUUGGAGGCAAGGCCUGAGAAUUUUGAAGAAGUGAACACUUCCCAAUCUGAUUCAGAGAGCACCGGGGUCCAGGAUCCAGCUUUAAAUAGUGUGUCAAGUAGGGGGCAUUCAAUAUCGGAUGUAACAACUUUUAGGUACUGCCUGGGGGGCUUGACGGAUAGGUCCAUUUUACUCAAGGAAAUUGCCACAACCAUUUCAGAUGACGAAAUUUCGGGCUUUGCAGACCAGGUUUCCGUCUACUCUGGAUGUUCUCAUCAUAGGCAUCAAAUAAAAAUGGCAAAGAGAUUGAUAGAUGAGGGGACAAUAGCCUGGAAUUCGAUAUCACAAAGCAACCUUCAAGUUCAAUGGGAGAGUGCAGUUUUCGAGAUUGAAGAGCAAUUCAUGAAGAUUGCUUGCUGCACGACUAGAUCACUUUCCCAACAGGACUUUGAGCUUCUACGGAAAAUUGCCGGAUGCCAAGAUUACAUGGCCCAAGAAAACUUUGAGAAGAUGUGGUGCUGGUUAUACCCUGUAGCUUUAACAUUAUCGAGUGACUGGAUAAAGGCAAUGUGGAAUUCUACAUCGCCAAAGUGGAUAGAAGGAUUUAUAACGAAGGAAGAAGCUGAACUCUCACUUCAAGGUCCGAGAGGCCUGCAAGAGCCUGGGACAUUUAUACUUAGGUUUCCUACUUCAAGGAGUUGGCCCCACCCAGAUGCCGGCAGCUUAGUUGUGACAUAUGUCGGCAGUGAUUACGCUCUUCACCACCGGCUGCUUUCCCUCGAUAAUGUAUAUAGCUCCGGAAUACGGGAAAUGAAUGUCAAAGUAAAACCGUUGCAAGAUAUGCUAUUUGAAGAACCCGAGCUCACUCGACUAGGAAGUAUAAUGAGACGCCAUUGACCUUUGUUCGGGUGUAGUAUUGCAUUACAUGUUUGGUUUGUGGUGACCGACCAUUCAUAUUUUUCGCUGUGGUUACCAUGUUGCUGGUUUAGGUUUGAUCGAGUCUCUCCUUUCCUUUUAUC